AUGUCAAAAGGUGGAUUAGCUAUAUUGCAUUUACCUAUCAUUUACACCGAGUACAUAGAGCCUGCAAAGAACGUGACUGAAUUCAUCCUUUUGGGACUUUGCCAGAAUGAGAAGUUACAGCCAGUGUUCUUUUUAGUAGUUUAUAUCGCUACUAUGCUUGGAAAUCUUCUCAUCAUUGUCACCAUAAGGAGUAGCCAGCAUUUGAAGUCUCCCAUGUAUUUCUUCCUGAGCUACCUGUCCUUUGUAGACAUGUGCCUUUCCUCUGUCACAGCCCCAAAACUGAUUGCAGACUUCCUCGUUGAGAGGAAAACCAUCUCCUUUGAUGGCUGCAUAGCACAGCUGUUUGUGGUCCAAUUCUUUGGGUACACUGAACUCUUCCUCCUCCUAGUGAUGGCAUAUGAUCGUUGCACUGCAAUCUGCAAACCCCUCCAUUACAUGACCAUCAUGACUGGGUGUGUGUGUAGCUCGUUUGCGGGCUUCAUGAGUGGCGGCUUUAUGCAUUCCAUGGUUCAGACUCUCCUGACCAUGCAGUUACCCUUCUGUGGGCCCAACGAGAUUGACCGCUAUCUCUAUGAUGUGCACCCUUUGCUGAAACUAGCCUGCACUGACACUUAUCUUCUUGGCAUCAUGGUCAUUACCAAUACUGGGAUGAUUUCCCUGAGCUGUUUUGUUCUGCUGAUUGUGUCCUAUGUCAUCAUCUUAGUGUCCUUGAGAACGUUCUCCUCUGAAGGUCGUCACAAAGGUCUUUCCACCUGUGUCUCCCAUAUUGCUGUAGUAAUUAUAUUUUUUGGGCCAUGUAUCGUCAUGUGUUUAAGACCUUCCACCACCGAAGAUAAGAUGGUGACCAUUAUCACCGCUCUGCUGAAUCCCUUGAUCUACACCCUGAGAAAUGUUUCAGAGUAG